ACCCGUGUAACUUCCUUCUCCUUUCCCAAACCAGUCUUCGUCCUCCUCUCCCAAUUUAUACCAAACUCUCUCUCUCUCUCAAACCUUCCAGAAAACCCUACACAAUGGAAGACUCAGUCGUCGCCGGCGACCCGCCGAUACCCCAUCCAGAUCUGGCCCCAAACUGUAGCGAUUCCGGCGAGGACUUCGAGUCCCUUCCGAUCCCUCCUCUCGAUCCUCAAUUCUUCUCAUCCGACGCCGGAAUGGCCACCAUGGCCGCCGAUUCGUUCAUGUCGGAUCUCGGGUUCGGGUUCGGCUCCGACGACAAUUGCGACUACGAGCUCACCUUUGAUGAUUUGGACAACCUCUACAUCCCGUCGGAGGCCGACGACUUCCUCCUUCCCGAGGGGUUCGAUCCCGCGGCUCAGCCCAGCUCCGAUUCCAGUGUAAUAUUGAAAUCAGAGUCUCCUGAAUCCGGUAGCUCCGGAGUUUCUAAAGGUUCGGAUGGUGUAGUCUCCGGUUUUCUGAAUUAUCCGUCGUCGGAGUCCGGCGGCCACGAUCAGGAGUUUUCGGAGAAUUCCGGCGGGCCGUUGUCGUCUCAGGGCUCCGGGAUUCCCGAGGCUGCGAACUCGCCGACUCAUUCCGGGAACUCCGAUCGGGACGUGUCGUCGAAUGUGACUACUGCCGAUGAGAAGGUGAAGAUAGAGGAGGAGGUGACCAGGAGCGGCUUCGUUGCGAAGAGGAAGAAGGAGAGCGGCGGCGGCGAGGAAGGGAACAUGGAGUCGAGAAGCUCAAAGUUUCGGAGAUCGGAGAGCAGCGGCGGCAGUGGUGGUUGUUUGGACGAUGAGGAUGAGAGGAGGAAGGCGAGGUUGAUGAGGAACAGAGAGAGUGCUCAGCUUUCGAGGCAGAGGAAGAAGCAUUAUGUGGAAGAGCUUGAAGAUAAGGUAAGGGCAAUGCAUACUACUAUUGCUGAUUUGAAUAAUAAGAUGUCAUACAUUAUGGCCGAGAAUGCUACUUUGAAGCAGCAAUUGAGCAGUGGUAGCGGCAUUUGCCCGCCGCCCCCGCCACCGGGGAUGUACCCAAUGCCGCCCAUGGGCUAUCCAUGGAUGCCGUACUCGCCUUAUGUUGUGAAGCCGCAAGGUUCUCAGGUGCCUUUGGUUCCCAUUCCUAGGCUUAAACCCCAGCAGCCUGCGGCUGCGCCCAAGCCGAAAAAGAAGUCGGAGAGUAAGAGUAAAACUAAGAAGGUUGCCAGCAUUAGUUUCCUAGGUCUGCUGUUUUUCCUGUUGCUGUUUGGUGGACUUGUUCCAAUGUUGAAUGUUGGUUUUGGUGGGUCGAGUUAUGUUAGAGAUAGGUUUUAUGAUCAGCAGAGGGCGAAAGUUUUGAAAGUUCCGGGUCAUUUGAAUGGAUCAGAAGGAAAUGUACCUUUAGGAGUAUCUGGUGGGAAAUUUGAUGUCUCUAACAAAAUUCAUGAGAGGGCUCAUAAGCAGAAAGAACAAGGGUUACCUGGCGUGGGUAAUGCCAGUGAGCCUCUUGUCGCUUCUUUGUAUGUUCCGAGAAAUGAUAAACUUGUUAAGAUUGAUGGGAACUUGAUUAUUCAUUCGGUCCUGGCGAGUGAGAAAGCUAAAGCUCAUAAGAAGAGUAGGGAGGCCAGAGUGGAAGGAGCUAAAGGUUUUGUUUCAGCAUUGGCUAUACCUGAAGCUGGAGUGAACAGAGGGAGACGUGCUCCUUUAUACAGAACUCCUGCUGGACAACGGAAGGCUCUUACAGCUGGUUCUGCUGAUGGGAAACUCCAGCAGUGGUUUCGUGAAGGCCUUGCUGGAUCAUUGUUGAGUUCAGGCAUGUGCACUGAAGUGUUCCAGUUUGAUGUAUCAGCUGCUAAUUCAGGAGGUAUAAUUCCUGCCUCGUCAGUUGCAAAUGUUUCCGAGCACAAUUCAAAUGCUACGAGGCUUAACAGAGGAGGAAACAGAAGAAUCCUUGGUGGUCGCGCAAUCCCCCUCGCUGGAUCCAAUCAUAAUGCUACUGAUGAUGAACGUGCCAUAAGAAACAAUCAGUCAAGCAACAACUUUCAAGUUAGUAAUUCUUCCGUGGUCGUUUCUGUUCUGGUUGAUCCUAGAGAGGCAGGUGACAUUGACGUUGAUGGCAUGAUCAAACCCAAGUCACUUUCUCGGGUUUUCGUUGUCCUGCUUCUUGACAGUGUGAAGUAUGUCACUUACUCAUGCGUGCUACCUCGCUCUGCUCCUCCUCACUUAGUGACUACUUAACAUGGACCUUCAGUUUCAGAAUCUUAGACGAUACCUAGAUCUAAUCUCAGAAGCUCCCAGUUAAUUUAUGUAACAGGAGUAGCUGUUUCUGUAAGACUUUAACUUGAUGCUUUCUACUUACUAGAGUAUGGGAGCUGUUUAUGCUUUGGUCUGAAUGUUAUCACUGUAGCGAAACAUUUAAGUUUGUAUGGAACACCUAGGUUAUAUUAUACAAGUAUCUUUAUAAGUAAAGGAAAUAUACUUUCCAUAAUGAGUAUUUGCGCCCCAUUUAAUC